GCGGCUCCGCGAGGCGCGGCCGCCCCUUCUCCGCCCCGGCGCCGGAGAGCGGCCGGAGGGAGCGGCCCUCCUUCCCUCCGCGAGGGCGGGCGGAGAGCGGCGGCGCCGCGCGGGAGGCGCUCCGGAGCCAUGCGGGAGUACAAGGUGGUGGUGCUGGGCUCGGGCGGCGUGGGCAAGUCCGCCCUCACCGUGCAGUUCGUCACCGGCUCGUUCAUCGAGAAGUACGACCCCACCAUCGAGGACUUCUACCGCAAGGAGAUCGAGGUGGACUCCUCGCCGUCCGUGCUGGAGAUCCUGGACACGGCGGGCACCGAGCAGUUCGCCUCCAUGCGGGACCUCUACAUCAAGAACGGGCAGGGCUUCAUCCUGGUGUACAGCCUGGUGAACCAGCAGAGCUUCCAGGACAUAAAGCCCAUGCGGGACCAGAUCAUCCGCGUCAAGCGGUACGAGCGGGUGCCCAUGAUCCUGGUGGGCAACAAGGUGGACCUGGAGGGCGAGCGGGAGGUGUCCUUCGGGGAGGGCAAGGCGCUGGCCGAGGAGUGGAGCUGCCCCUUCAUGGAGACCUCGGCCAAGCACAAAGCCUCGGUGGACGAGCUGUUCGCCGAGAUCGUCCGCCAGAUGAACUACGCCGCGCAGCCCGGCGGGGACGAGCCCUGCUGCGCCGCCUGCGCCAUCCUCUGAGCGCCCGCGGGGACGGACGCGGCCCCGCACCGCCCGGGCCGGGCACGGGGCGCCGCCUCCCGCCCGCCCCGCCGCGCUGCUCCGCUCCGGGCCGCCGCCGUAACGGGGCCGGCCGGGCGCCCCGACACGCUAUGCAAGGUGGAGCGCGGCGCGGGGAGCGGCGCGUCCACCCGGACCGGGACCGGACGGAGCGCGGGGCGGCGCGACCGCCUGUGAAAGGAUUCCCUAUUUUGUUGACCUGCUGUAUCCCGGGGGGUCCGCAGGAGAUUGGCAGGGCGUUAUUUUUUGAUGGUUCUUUUUUUUGCGAUCAGCUGUGAAAACGUUACAAGUCUGCACAAUGUUUAGGUGUGCGUGCGUGUGUGAUUUCGUUAUUUUAUCCCCCCCCUCCGGUGGGUGAGAGGGGCGUUCCUUCCUCUCCGGGCUCUGUCUGGGUCGGCGCUGCCCGCAGUGCCCCGCUCCGAGCGGCGCGGCCCCCCCGCCCCCCGCACCCCGUGCCCGCAGUGCCUUCCCCGCACCCCGUGCCGGCCGGUGCCAACCUGUGAGCGCCGCAGAAUCCCCUUCUCUGCCACUCGGAACCCACACGCAGUUCCCUCUCGGUAAUCGUGCCGAACAGGCCAGGACAAAAGGGCCCAUUGUUGGUGGGAUUUAUUUCUUGUUUCCACCCGAGCCUUUUAGCUGUAAUUUCCACGUCUUGCAAGUUUGGCCUUCAUUUACUUCAAAUUUGUGAGAAUUCAGCAUUUUGGGACUUGGUGGGCUUUUUUUUCCGCCUCCUUCUUUGUGUUUUAUGAUGAUUGUUGUGUGGGGUGAACCUCCAGCCAGCAGCGGAAGAAAUCUCAACAUUGCGACGUACCAAGAAAAUUCUAACACCUGUCCUUUUGAUUCCAGACCUGCAGUUAAGAGAUGUCUAUCCAUUUUAAGAAUUUUAAUACAGAUGCUGUUUUUUAGAAAACAACUUUGUGCGCUUCUGUGUACUACGUGGAACAAACGUUAAUUGUUAAACGUUAAUUACAUCGGCUGUUAAUCCUGGUUCAUAGCAUAGUCACAGUAAGAAGGGUGUGAGGGGCUUCGUUUAGCUGAGGAUGGUGUUUAAACAAAACGGCCAAAUGCCGAAGCCCAAGGUGACUGAAUUGCCAGUAGAACAGUAAGACAGAAUUUCACUUGUGUUCGGGUCCCGGUCCUGUGUGAAGGCAGCCGGCGCGGAGCGCUGCGCUCAGCGGGCAGCUGUAGGAAGCCCUGUGCUGUAACAGCAGUGUCUCGGAAGGUUAGCACCCUGUUCUUCGCUAUGGGCGGCCUGGUUUGGUAGAGCAAGAGUCUGAAAGUCAGUUAUUUAUGACAUCUCAGCUUUUCAUCUCUUUGCAUUUUAAUGCCUGGAAAUUGUGGUUUCAUGAUUUGAAGAGGGAGCGGGGUGGGAGGACGCUGUACCUUCAGUGAGCUGGGGCACCUGGGCUUUGCUGUUCUCCUUUACCUUUCUCUCUUAGCUCCUCUUCAAAGAUUAGCACACAGAAAGUGCAGCUUUCUCUCCCUGCCGAGAAAACUUGAAAUUGUCUUACUGCAUGAAAGCAGAAAUUGAGCAGUGCUGCAUGAAGGGUUUUCAGUUAGGCUGGCGCGAUCUGGCUGCCUCGAUGCCCAACACCGAUCUGAUCAUUUCUUCUUUUAAGUAGGAAAGCUUUCUGCUUCAGCGCUGGCUGAAUUUGUUAAAUUCACCCCAAUGAUUGACAUUGAAAUUACAAUAUUAUGUUUUAGUUGAA